UCCUGAAGAUGUAUUUGCUAUAAAACGUAAUAAUAAACAUCGAUAUCGUCGCCAUGGAACACAUUGUAUCGGUGACAAAAUUGGAACUAUUACUGAGGAACCUAAAGAUAUCGAAAUCCCAGAAGAAAUUCAAGUGCCCGAUUCUGCUAAAUUUAAAUUUUUAUUAUAUGCUAUUGGAACAGCCGAAUACACUUGUGCUAAAUUAGAUGGCGUGAAGUAUUGGAAUACAACAAAUUAUGACACAUUUCUUGUAAACGAUAUUCCAAUCGGAUUUGGACCUGAAUGUUUUGUUGUACGCCAUUACUUUUCAUAUCCACCUUAUAAGGGUGGAAAGGCUAUUUAUGAGUCAAUAGUUCCAGGAGAUACUUCUUUUGUGUGGGAAGGUCCAGAUGCGAGUGUCCCAUCACCUGAUGGACCCGAAAACCUCGCUUGGAUUCGAAUUAAACCUUAUGCGACCAAAGGUGAAGGUGCGCUUAAUGAUUUCACAUGGGCACUUAGAAUCGCUACUGUUGGAGGCAGCCCUCCUCCAAAUUCCACAUGCGGCACGGAUUAUGAGGAAGGUGAUACGGUUCACAUUCGAUAUACCUCACAGAAUUG